CAUUAAAGAUGGCAAAAUUCAAAUUGAUGAAAAUUAUAAAGAUAUAAAAUGCUAACAUAAUGAAGUGUGGGGUAGGAUCAAUAGUAUUUUUCAAAAACUGUUAGCUUUUUGUAUUAAGAAUAAUAUAAAAAUGGCAAAUAUUAAUGGUUAAAAUGAAUUUAAAAGAGAAACUAUGGUGCACUUUCAUUAAAAAGAAAAUACUUAGAUAGGUAGAAUUUUUAAUUUAAAAGAUCCUAAAGUAAGUAUAAUUUAUGUCUCAGCUUAUUAAUUAUAACAAGAAAUCAUAUCAUAUUAUCAUAAAAUUUGUGAAUUGGCAUAAAUACCAGAUUAUAUAAAUAGACUUCAUUUUAUUUAUCCGGAAAAUAGUUAAUGUUUCCCUAAAAUAUAUAAUACAAAUAAAUUAUUAUAUUAUUCACCUAUGGCUUUAAAAAAAAUAAAAAAAAUAAUAUCUAACAAAUAUUCUUAUAUAAUUCCUGGAAAUAUCUAAAAAUAAGAUAUUUUAAUUUCUAUACAAUUAAAUGUCCCUGUAUAUGCUGGAGAUUUAGAUACAAGCUAAAAACUAAACUCUAAAACCCAUUCUAGGCAUUUUUUCAAAGAAAUAGGACUACCGAUACCUGCUGGUAUAGAAAAUAUAGGCUCAGAAGAUGAAUUAUUUACUAAAUUAACUUAUUUAAUAAUUAAAUAUCCUUAGAUAAAUACCUGGAUUUUUAAAACAGAUUAUGAGUAAAAAGGGAGAGGCACUGCAUAUAUAGAAUUAGAGCAUCUUAGGGUAAUAAAAGAUUUUAAAAAAUAAAAAAUUUCGGAAGAAAAUGUACUUAAAUUAAGGGAAAUUAUCUCUACGCUUUUGCCUUAAAAAAUUGUUAUUUGCUUUCCUUCUCUUUUUGCUAAUUAUUAAGAGUUUUUGGAAUAUUUUGUCUAUAAUAAAGGAUUAAUAGAAGCUUUUCCUUAAAAUAAUAAUGAAAAUGAGGUUAAAGGAUUAUCUGUUUCCUUUAAAAUAGACCCUGAUGGGGUUAUUAAGCCUCUAUGUGCAUUCGAGAAAAUCUCUUUAGUUCCUUUUGUGAAUUUCGGAGCUAUUUUUCCAUAGAAUGUGCUACCAUUGUUAAAUUUAAAGGCUUUAUGUGAAAAAAUAGGAGUAGAGUUAAAAAAAAGAGGCGUUUUCGGAUAUAUUAACGCAGAUUUAGUAGCUUUUUAAGACCCUGAGAAUUCCCUUGGACAUAAAUUGUUUUAUUUAAAUGGAUUAGAUUGCUUUUUAAAUGACUUUAUGUCUGCUUUUUUUAUGUUUUAAAUGGUUUCGGGAAGUAAAAUGGAUUAAGUGAGUGGAAAAUACUAUUUAAGUGAUUAAAAUGAAUAAGAAAGUAAUUAUUUAGAUGAAGAAGAAGGUGAUUUUUUGAAUAUUAUAAAAGAUUUUGACGAAAGAAGUUUUUUUUUUGUCCCAUAUAUAUGUCAUGAAGGAUUCUUUUAGAGCAAUUUUAAAGAGUUUUUCAUUGUUUGUAGAAAAUUCAAUAUUUCGUACGAUAUUGAAAAGAAAUAAGGGACUCUAUUUUUACUUUUAGAUUAAUUAAAAGAAGGAGUUUUGGGAGUACUGGGUAUUGGGGAAAAAAUACAGGAAUGUAUGUAGUUUAUAUACGAUGUUUUUAUAAAAAUAUAAUAGAUGUUUGAAAAUGAGGAAUUCUAAAGGAAAAAAAAAAACUAGAAAGAAUCUAUUGUUAGAAAUGAUGAGGUUUCGUUUUAGAUUUUACUUAAAAAAAUAAAAAGUCUUUAUUAAGAAUAUAGAGGUAGGUGA